AUGCUGUCUCGAUCGGUCCAGCUGCGGCGCAUUGCCGCCGCACGACCGCUGGCGCUGACGCAAUGGAAACGUCUUGGUCUCCCCCGUAGGACCUUUGGUGGCACCGCUCUGUUGGCCAGGGGGAGCGACACGUCGCCGGACACGCUGUGUCCGCCCGAUAAGAUGACGGAUAUGACUCGAGAGCCUUUAUUCAAGCCGUUAAACCAUCUGAUCAAUCAGUCGACGAUCGUGACUCAAGACCAGGAGGAUGCGCAGGCUCCUAUCACAGACGCAAAGCAAGACGAACCGCCAGAGACAGUCGAACCCGGUAGCAGUGAAUCGAGCGCCACCGAACACGCCGAAAUGCCUGACAUUGAGAACUACGAGCCAACAGAUGCUGAGCUCGAGGAGAUGCUCGCAUCAGCGCAUUCUGCUAUCGGCGACGAGGGCUUGUCGACAGAAGAAGCCGACGCCGCGGACAAGGAUACACAACAAAAUGAGGCACAUGGCGAGUACGAUGACUUGGCGUCCGAAGACGAUAUCCUCUUUGAAACAUCCUCCACGAAAUCGCCCCCAACCCGCAAACCCUUCAACCACGAACUUCUCACUCACCAACAUCUUGGGGUUUCAGCACUCGGUCGCCCCGUUGAAGCUCUUAUUCUCAAGGACCCCAAUCGAAUGCGGCGCUCGCGAAAGCAGAUUCCGGUCCUUGAACCCGAUGCGACGAAAGAGGUAGCCGAAGUCGACCUGAAAUGGACCGACUAUGUCGCGAAACCCGACGACGAGCAAGACCCCGUGCUUGAAGCGUGGGACAAUAUAGACGAAAUGCGGCCGACGGAGACAAAAACAAUAACAGCCCACGAAUAUCACAGAAUAGUAGCGGCGCUCGUCGACGGCUUCACGCAAGGGCAGCUUUCCAGUUACCUCACCAUGAAGCACUCAAAAGAGCUUGAGGCGCAAGCGACCGAAGAGCCGCAAAUGUAUCCCUGGAUUCAAAAGCAGACUCCCUGGAAAGCAGCUUAUCAAAUCGAACUGGAAAGCAAAAAGCCGAAAUGCAUUUGCGCGGCCGCCAUUGUCGACAAGAUCUGGAAGCUCGAGGUUCGAGAGCAAGUCGAAUCUCUGGGCCGUGCUUUAAUAUGGGUUCACCCAAUCGUAUUUCGACUCCUCACAGGACACGGAAGACCUGUGCUCGAAGCCAUACAGCGUGAGAUGCUAAAUCCUGGCAACCAUGAGAGACUGGCCGCGAAGUCCGAAGAGUCACGGAUCGGCAUAUACGCAUCCAAAGCGGCCAUUGCUCCGAUAUUGGAACGCUUGAACAGAGUAGCACAAGCAGUUACUUCUGCUAAAGUCUCCACAGAACAUAUAAAGAAGGAGAAUUUGACACAGCCCAUACUCAAUAACCUAGCCAGCAUCACCACCACUAUCAUAGAGAAGAGCAGCAAUGGAAACGAAUUGACAAUCCACUGGAUUGCCGAACGCGAUAGACCAAAGUCAAUCAGCUCGGGGCCAGAAACAAGCGUUGCGCCUGAGCGGCCAGCUGAUGUUGUCUGGCGUCUCCUAAUGGCUGCUCAAAGCGCGCAAGAGGCCGGUGCGGAUCUGUCUUCGAAAAUGAUGACACGCACAGGACGAGGCAAGAAACCCAAAGGUGCGGUGUACAUUGACUACCACCGCGAGGACCGCAGCAAGUCGUGGCGUGACAAGCUCAGAUCGUGGACACGUUACACCGACGCCGUCGCCAAGCCGGACGAGAAGAAGAAGAAGAAGCUGCAGCCUCUGAAGCUCGCAACUCGAGUCGAGCUUCCGGAGCUACCGCCAUCGUCCAUCACAGAUGAUGCCAGAGUAUCAGAGGUGACAUUUGCGACCUUGGGCCAUGUGCUGCAUCUCAAAGAAGCCGUCAAGGCAUCAAACAAGAAGAACCUCGACAAGGCCCGCCGCAUUCUUUCACCCAUCAUUCCGCAUCCCGCCGCCCUCACCACACUCAACGGCGGCGAAGAGCCCGUAACGCAAUCCACCGCCAUUAUCCUCAACUUCUCUCCGGACCCAAUUGUGCCUCAGGACGGCACACUGCCCCGCGUGCGGCUAACCCUCCCCGUCGACGAGACCACCGACCUAUCCAACUUCAACAUUCCGCCGAGCUCAACCCUGCACGCCGUGACGGCGCAGCGCAUCCAGGACCUGCUCCUACCCACGGAGAGCGUUGACGCGCGGCUCACGCAGCAGCGACUGGUGGCCCUCGACGCAGACCAGCCGGCCCUCCAACAAUUCCUGGCCGCGUCCGAGUUUAAUCUGCUCCAGGGCCGCCUGCGCACGCCCAGCCGCAUCAGCCUAUCCCUGCCCGGCGCCGCCGUCGAAGCGCCGUACCUUUUUAUGGGUCUCGAGGUGCACCAGGCUGUCGAGACGAGGCUUGCCGGGCACACAAUCCGCUACGAGAGCAUCGAGGCGGGUCAGCACGGCGGCCAGCGGCAGGAGCUGUCACUACACCGUGCGCCGGCCGCAGAGAAGAGCCAGCGAGACGACGGCUUCUUGCAGCUGGUGGAGGAUGUGGUGUCCGGGAAUGUGUUUUCGUGGAACGACGGCGCGGCACUCAUGCAGCAGCGGUCGAGCGAGACGUUCACGAUGGACCUGCUCGAGGACAGCCAGCUGGAAGAGGAGACCCUUGUGGAGGGCGAGCAGGAGCCUCUGCUAGAGGGCAAAGAGGAACAUCUCCUGAAUAAGGAGGUAGACGGGGAGGGGCCACCGCAGCCGCAACAGCACGACACCGCGCUGAAGGACGCAGACACUGUUGUCACAAUGCAAGAGCAGGAGACCAAUGUACCAGAUGACCUGCCGCAGGCCAAAGAUCGGGAGAUUCAUCCAUCAGAAAGCCAGCCGUCGACGGAAGAACAAGCGACGACGGACCUGCCCAAGGAGAAGGAGGAGGAGAAGCCUGCCAGUGAUGAAGCUUCUUCUUCGCCCAAACCAGCCAUCGAUGUAUCUUCGGAAAGCAAGCUGUAG